AUAAACAAUUAACAAACAAAAAGGUGCGCGUCGGUUUCACAUUUUCAUUUGUUAUAUUUUAUUAUAAUAUUCAAAUAUAAUCAUUUUGUAAAUCAAAACAGAUUCAGUAUCUACCUGACUAAAUGUGUGUAUCAGAUGCAAUAAGUAUUUAAACAUUUUUUUAAGUCUUCGUAAAGAAGAGGUUAUUCAAUCCCGCAGCAACAGCAACAUGGUUCAGGCAGCAGAAGAGACGGAGCAGCCUGAUCUGCCACAGGCUGUCAACUUAUUAAAAGAAAUGAACAUGAAUGUACAACAGGUCUCACAACUUGUGGACAACAUGCUACUUCGUGUGAAGACUGGGGAGAUCACUACUGACAAAGGGUUAAGUUUUUUAGAAAUGAAGUACCAAAUGCUUCUCAGCUACCUGAUCAACUUGACAUAUAUUGUGUUAAGAAAAUGCUCGGGUGAAAAGAUUGACUCAGAUCCUUCUAUUGAUAGGCUCAUUGAGAUCAGAACUGUGCUUGAAAAGAUUCGUCCUGUAGACUCUAAAUUAAAAUACCAAAUUGAUAAGCUUGUCAAAACUGCAGCAGUGGGCUCCACCACUGAAGAAGACCCUCAGUCAUUUAGAGCAAAUCCUGCUAAUUUAGUUAGUAAGAUUGAUGAUGAGGAGGAUGAUUCUAGUGAUGCCUUAGAAGAUGAUGAAGCUAAGAAGGAUUCUAGUAAGUCUAAUAUAUAUGUCCCUCCUAAACUGGCAGCUGUACAUUUUGAAGAAAGCACAUCUAGGGCUGAUAAUGAGAAGAAAAAUAAAGAGAGAUCAAAGAAACAGUUCCUUAAUUCCAGAGUUAUGAGUGAAUUGCGAGAAGAGUAUUCAGAAGCACCACUGGAAGUCACUACAGGGAAUCUUGUGAAGCACACUAUAUCUAAACAAGAACAGGAACGCAUUGAAUAUGAAGAAAAUUACCUCACCAGACUUCCAGUUUCUAAAGCUGAGAAAAACCGCAGGAAAAAGUUGACAACAGUUGGCAUGUUGGCAGAAGAAAUAACAGGGACUAGUAGUAAUCGUACCUCAAAUAAACGUAAAUUUAAGUCUAAGAAAGGAAAGAGUUUUAAGAGAAAGCGUACUCACUAAAGAUAAAGAUGUUUUGUAUGAUUUUUUAAGUUUAACUUAUUUCAUUUUAUAUUUUUACAUUUCUAGAUAUUAAUUAAAGUUUAAGGCCUGAUAUUUCAAAGUCAUCAAUGUUACUUUAUGUUGCAUAUGAAUAUUUAACUCCAUUACCACAGAUCAUAUUACAUCGAGUUCAAAUAAUGUAACAGGGUGUAUUGAUAAUACCUGCACAUAAUUUACAUAAAAAUACUUGCAGUGGCCUUAUUAUGUUAAAAUGAAACAAAUUAUUUACUUUAAUUGCAUUACUUGAUUUCUACAUUUAUUAAUUUGUCAAUAAAGCUCCUAACGAUAUAAAUAGUUAAUGUGGCAUUCCUAAAAUAGACUCAAAACAAAUUAUAUUAUAUAAAAUUAAAUAUGUAAGCCUAGCCAUAGCAAUGUUUUGUUGAUUUACAGCACUGUUAAAAAAUAUUACAGACAAAUACGUACCCACAUUAUGUUAAGUUAAUACUUUGUUGGAUUUAAGUUUUUUUUUGUUGUGUUUAAUUUCAUUAUGCAUGU